AUGGAUCCUCUAUCAAUCAGUGCUAGUUGCUGCGCUUUGGUGGGUUCCAUUGGGACUGUCUCCCUGACAGUCAACAACUUUGUUCGCAGAGUUCGCGAUGCCCGCAGCGACUUAGACGCCGUCUCCCGAGAGCUCGGGUCCCUCAAGACAGUUCUUGAGCUACUUGGCGACGAUGUUGAACAAUAUGGGGAAAACCACAUGGCAACAACACUUGAGAAACAGGUGCUUGAUAUCCUCAAGAAUUGUGAUAUUGUAAUACAUAGUAUUGGCAGAGAGCUGAAAAAACAUGGAGACGGAAAGAAAUUUACAAAGGGGGUGAGGUGGUCAGUGAAUGGAAGGGGCGAUAUGUUGAAGCUAAGGUCCAACCUCGAGGCACAUAGGGCAGCUUUGGAUUUAGCCCUCGAAAUCAUGGUUUUGAGUAUCACGAGAGAUAUCAAGACCGAUACUAGGGAAAUAAAGGGAGAUACCACUGUGAUCAAAGGAGACAUAAGCCAGAUCCUGGGAGAGCUUAAAAUCUUGCAUGAAAAGUUCGAUCUAGCUAAGAACGCAGUACCCUGGGUUGCCAUCCCGAGUACAUCUCCGGAAGACUUCUUGCAGCCAUCUCUCCAGGCCGAGGAUGGAGAAACUGCUUAUAACGGUGCUUCGCAAAUGCAAGACUCCAGACUGUUAGCGCCAGCCGAAAUGGUCAAAAAUCUAUCCUUGGGCGAAUCCAGCGGCAAUGAUUCCUACCAGCCAACAUUACACAGUCGACAAAUUCCGAAGGAGCAAGAAUUUCGACUCCAGAAUAUUCCUACCUCUUUAUCCGCACAGACACCGAUACUUGGUCAGCGGAGCCAGACAGAAUCAGCUCGUCCUACCACGUCGUUAAGAAGCACUUAUGCUAUGUCAGCUGUGCCUCAAAUUCCACCAGGAGUUCCUAGCGGGUUAAAUAUAGCAGGGACAGGAGGAGAUAUAAACAUCGGCAACUCAAAGCAAUCGUUGUCUGGUAACUUCUAUGGAGGCAUCCACGUCUCACAGGGACCCAAUCAGUCAAACCCAUUCGCUGCGUACCUCCCACAGGCAAACAUGGGGCUAAAUGAGCGGGCAUUGUUGAAGGCAGCCGGUAAAGCUGACUUCGAUGAGGUUCUAAGGCUCAUACGAGCUGGGGCGAACUUGGAUGCCAUAAACGAGGAGGGUCAGUCUGCCCUAACAAUGGCUAUCAGCAGGCAGCAUAUGAACGUUGUCAAGCUACUCAUAAACAACGGAGCGACAAUGGAUCGCUCGGGCUACCUUGUAGCAAAGCCACUUCAUGUUGCCGUUGGCACCGGCAACAUGGAGCUGGUAAAGUGUAUUCUCGACAAUGGCGCCGACAUCGAUGAAACAACUGCAAUCGGUCCCGUCUUAAUAGUAGCCGUAAUGGCUGGCCAGAAGAACCUUGUUUCUCUCCUGCUAUCUCGAAACGCCGACCCCGAUGUUACCGGAUCGACGACAUCACACUCGGCGUUGUUCUGGGCUGUGUUGAAAGUGAAUAACGACUUAGUCCCAAUGCUGCUAAAGUACGGUGCUCGUGACAACUGUCUGGACCCGCAGUUGAAACCCCUUAUGCGUUUACUCAAUCCACACUGUCAAGCCCUUCUCAGGGAUUGGACAACAAAACCAUACAAUGAACAUGCCAGGAUAUUGCGUCACGCAUCUUCGGACCAAGUCCAAAAACAAGCCGCAAUCUUCUGGGGAUUAAGCUGUGCGAGUAAGCAUGGCCAUAAAGAGGUCUAUUCAGCAUGGAUAGAACUCGCUGAAGAGUUUGCAAUUCCUCUACUGUAG